AUGGGCGGCGGCGCAUGGGCGCGCUGGCGACGGCGGUCCACCUCCAGUGCUCACAGGCAUCCAGAUGUCGCACCCAUGCUGGCAAAUUUUAUUCCCUCGUUCUCCAUGGAAAGUGGUAGUGUGAGGUAUGUCUCCAACUCCAUGCUUGAAUUCCUCGAGAAGAACAGCAAGAAGAGUACCGUUUUCUUCAAUUUUUUCAGUCACCUAUCAAUGGGUCACUUGAUUCUGCAGAUAUCUGGUCUUGAUUCACCAGAUUCUAAAGCAGAAGUUCAGGUCUCUAUCUUGUCUAGUUGUGGCUUGUUUUUAAUAUUUGAGAAUGUGUUUGCCAGCAUCGACUUCUCCAAGCUAUGGUCCUUGAUAGUGUUCGGAGAGUGGAGGUCAUUCUUCGUCUCCGAAAAGAUAGAGCUGCUCCGGGUACUGGACUUGGAAGAUGCAUCAGGGCGUCACCUCAAAUUCCUCUGUCAAGGGUGUGGAGAUGUCAGCCGGCUACCAGACUCCCUGGGCAGCCUGAAGCAGCUCCAGACUCUAGAUAUCAGGGACACAGCCAUAUGCAAGCUACCCAAGAGCAUCGUCGAAGAUAAAGAAGCUGCAAUACACAUUCGAGCUAGCAGCAUGGCUGAAACAAAAAGAAGCCUACCGUCACCAGCAGAGUGCUCAUGGCUACCAAAGCUGGCCAUGUCGAUGUGUAGGCAGCUGCUGGCUACUCAUACACGGACGGUGUCAACCUGUGUUUCAAAGAUGAGCCUAAGCCUACACCUACAGGGUGAGGGACAACAAAAACAACCUGCUGGCUACACAUCAACUGGCAGAUAUGAUCCAAGAGGUCAAAGAAGGGUGGGGGUGAAGAUCUAG